GACGACGCUUCCAACGAAUGAUCUCGAAUAAUACAAUUAUUUAAUACCAUCGAUGUCGACUAGGCCGUGUUGGUAAAGGACUGCCAAUAUUGCUAAUCCAGUAUUCAUAAGAAAAUUGCAAUUAUCAAAAAGUUGACUACACCAUCCUUGAUCCUCAAUAUCAGAAGCUUGAUUGGAACAAUGUCCCGUAGAGGUGGCGGGAGAGCCAUGCCUCGCGAGGUAGUGCUUUCGAAGGCACUCUCCCAUCUACUCCGUCACUCCGCAGAAAAGGAGAAUCUGAAAAUCAGCAAAGAGGGCUAUGUGAAUGUGGCAGAUCUACUCGAAACGAGAAAAGUGAAAUCUCUCAAAGUGACGUUACCGGAAAUUAUACAGGCAGUCGCUAGCUCGGACAAGCAGCGGUUCUCUCUGUUUUAUAUCUCUCCAGCAACCAUAGAAUCAGGGAAUCAGGAAAGUCAAGAGCAGCAAGAAGCAGUAGUGGCCACCGCUGCUUCCGAAGAAAAGCAGAAGAAUGCGACAGCGCAUGCGUUGUCUGUUAAGGAUAAUGAUCCAUCUCAUUUCCUCAUCCGGGCGACGCAGGGACACAGCAUGAAGAGUGUUGACACAACACUCUUCCUGGAGAAACUGAGUCUUGACGAUACAAAAGAAGAUGGUGCCGCAUCAAACCUUCCUGAUACCGUGGUACACGGUACAUAUCAUGGCGCUUGGCCGCUAAUUCUCGCAUCUGGGGGUUUACGGUCUAUGAGUAGGUUACAGGUGCAUUUUGCCACUGGUCCGACAAUGGACGAGGUUUACCCUAACGGACGAGAUGCACCAAUAGCAUUAUUAGACCCUAGGUCGAAAGCAACGGUAAUUUCCGGAAUGCGAUCAGAUGCGGAAAUUCUAAUCUAUAUCAACCUACGGAGGGCACUGGAAGCUGGCUGUCCAUUCUAUAGGAGUGAGAAUGGUGUCAUUCUCAGUGAAGGCAUGAACCUCGGUGACAGCGGCGAGGGAAAGAUUGUUCCGAUCGAAUUCUUUGAUCUCGUCAUUGAAAGGAAGACCGGGUUGGGUGUCCUGUGGGAAGAUGGGAGUGUAGUUCAAGAACUGCCGUCACAUUUGGCGGAGAAGAGGAAUCCGAAGGCAACGAGAGGAGGUGGCAGGGGAAGAGGGAGAGGCAUGGGGCAGCCAUGAGUUGGUCAUAACCGUUCAUCGAAGAAAUUUCAACAUAUGAUCCCUGGACAUGAUUACUUCAAAAGAAUUGUCACAUAUAAACAGUGCGGGGAUGAAUAGAGAGGAAGCAAUCCGAAGCGGGGAAUACGUACGGACCGAACCGUACGGUGCUUUAGCCGAUGUCCCUUCAUGGACUCAAUUGAUCCAAAUUCGGUGAGAAUACUAAAGUGCGUUUGUUUCGUAUG